GGCCGCGACCCCGCUCAGUGCGGUCAAGAUGGCGCUGACGGCGGUGUUGCGCCUCCCGGCGCGCGCCCUGCUCCGCCCUUGGGCCCUGCUCCGCGGCGUGGCCCUCGGACGGACGGAGGCUGCGGCGGGCAUCAGGAACGGCGCGCGGCGCUUCGGGAGCCAGCACGUCCUGGUGGAGCCGGCCGCGGCCGCAGGGGUCGCUGUGAUGAAGCUCAGGAACCCCCCGGUGAACAGCCUCAGCCUGGAGCUGCUGACGGAGCUCGUCAUCAGCCUGGAGAAGCUGGAGAACGACAAGGCCUUCCGUGGUGUCAUCCUGACGUCGGACUGCCCCAAUGUCUUCUCCAGCGGCCUGGACCUGAGGGAGCUGUGCGGGAGGAACCCGGCCCGCUACGCCGAGUUCUGGAAGGCCGUGCAGGAGAUGUGGUUGCGGUUCUACCUGUCCAACCUGGUGCUGGUCGCCGCCAUCAACGGAGCCUGCCCGGCUGGGGGCUGCCUCCUCUCCCUCACCUGCGACUACCGGGUCCUGGCUGACAACCCCAAGUACCUCAUGGGGCUGAAUGAGACCCUGCUGGGCAUCGUCGCCCCCUUCUGGUUCAAAGACAGCAUCAUGAACACCAUCGGGCACCGCGCCACGGAGCAGGCCUUGCAGCUGGGGUCACUCUUGCCACCAGCAGAGGCCCUCCGGGUGGGCAUGGUGGACCAGGUGGUGCCUGAGGACCAGCUCCUGAGCACCACGCUCUCAGUGAUGGCCAAGUGGCUGGCCGUUCCAGAUCACGCGCGGCAGCUGACCAAGAGCAUGAUCCGCCAGGCCACGGCAGACCACCUGUUGAAGCAGCGCGACGCCGACAUCCAGAACUUCGUCAGCUUCAUCUCCAAAGAUGCCAUCCAAAAGUCCCUGCAGACAUACUUAGAAAAGCUCAAACAAAAGAAAGGCUGAGGGCCCAGCGGCCCCUGCACCCUUCUGGGGGGCCCUGCGGUCCCAAGGAAUCUAAAUAAGGUACUUUGCCACGUAGAAGUAAUUGCAGCUUUGUUUUUCUGAUCCUCCUAGAAGACCCUGUUCCUCCCAGCUACAGCCCCAAGGCUGGUCCCCACCCGAGUGCCUUUUGUGCCUGGGGGGUGGGCAGGGGUCGCAACUGGCAAGCAGUGUCUUGAUCCGGGCAUCGUUAACUGGCAGGGGGUGCCUUCUGGACCCCCAUGAUGUCACCAGUGUCUCCUCUGCCAGAGAUGAAUAAAGUGCUUGGCUUUCCCAUCCCCA